AUGGAGUUAUUUGUCGUGUUCAUACUUUUCGGUUUGUUGAGCUUUGCGUUUGCGGGAAUUGAUGGGGUACAUUGGACCUAUUCAGGCAAGUAUUUAACGCUUUGAAUUUCUCUGGAUCAGAUCCACUGGGCAGAGGAGUACCCCGCGUGCGGCGGCCGCAAGCAGUCUCCGAUUGACAUCCAACGGCGCCACGUGCGCCACAACCCGAACAUGCUGGAGCUGGAGCUGACAGGUUAUGGAGAGAUGACAAACGGUAACUUCUUUAUGAUCAACAACGGACAUACUGUCCAAAUCAACCUGCCGCCCACUAUGAUGAUAACGAAGGGGCUGGCAGACCGAUACACCGCUGUUCAGAUGCACUUGCACUGGGGUGGAAUGAACCUGGAGGCCAGUGGUUCUGAGCACACUGUGGAUGGCAUCCGUUACAUAGCAGAACUUCAUGUGGUCCACUACAACUCUGACAAGUACAAGAACUUUGAUGAGGCCAAAGAUAAGCCGAAUGGUCUGGCAGUGUUGGCCUUUUUUUAUGAGUAUGGGCAUUUUGAGAACACAUACUACAGUGACUUCAUCAGUAACCUGAGAAAAGUCAGAUAUACAGGGCAGUCCAUGAACAUUUCUAGGCUGAACGUGCGCUCCAUGCUCCCGGAGAACCUUUCCCAUUUCUUUCGAUAUGACGGGUCCCUCACGACCCCGCCAUGCUUUGAGAGCACUGUCUGGACAGUGUUUGAUACUCCCAUCACCCUUUCCCAAAACCAGAUCAGGAUCCUGGAGAGUACCCUAAUGGAUAUGGAGAAUAAGACCCUGUGGAAUGACUACCGUAUAGCCCAGCCUCUCAACGAGCGUGUGGUGGAGUCCUCGUUCUUGCCACGCCGGGAUAAAGAUUCGGUUUGUAAGCAGGACAAGAUUGAAGAAACACUUUUGCAUAUAGAAAAACUGAUUACUUCUAUUGGAAAACAUAUACUCUCAGAACCACGAGCUAUAUUUCCACUGAUGCUACACUUCACUGCCAGCAAUGUUGAGAGUUAUGCUUUACUGAACCUGGCUCCCCACAUGAACCUGCACUCCUUCACGGCCUGCAUGAGCGUGCGUGUGAGUAACCGACCCGUGCACACGGUGCUGUCUUACUCCAGCUCAAGCAAUGAUAACGAGCUCACCAUCACCGUGGGCAAUGAAGUGGGCCUCUGGAUCGGAAAUGAAUUCAUCAACUUACCCCACAGCCUCCGGCCAAGCAGCUGGGCGCACUAUUGCGUGACCUGGGCCUCUCACACCGGAGGGGCCGAGCUGUGGGUGAAUGGCAUUGUGGGAAAAGAGCAAUACCUGCAGGCAGGGUACAAGAUUCAGACUGGCGGUAUCUUCAUUCUGGGGAAGGACCAGGACGGCUUCCUGGGAAUCUCAGAUUCGGAUGCAUUUGUGGGCCACAUGACAAAUGUGAACAUAUGGGAUUUUGUGCUGAGCUCUGAGGAAAUCCAGGAACAGAUGUCCUGUGAGAAACACCUGGUAAAAGGGAAUGUCCUGAACUGGGGCAUCACCCCCAUGAGUCUGUAUGGAGGGGUCCAACUGGACACUGAACAAAAGUGUUCCUGA